UCUCCAGCAGGCGUCUCUCAGAUGUAGUUCUCCAGUGUGGCCGGUGGUCCUGAUCGGAUCUGUGAGGGAGCGAGGCUCCUUUAUCGUGUGUCUGAUUUCCACCGCCUGCUUACCUGUGACGAAAGGGUCUCUGCCCAGAUCUGAGGAACAGGUUAAAGGUUAGCCUACGCAACCGAGAAAACCCUUAAACAAUCACCCACCAACCAAGGACCAAGCGGCGUGGUAACGAGCAGGAGCAGCAGCAGUGGGAGAGGCUGCAGUACUUGGAGAAUAUGGACUAUACUACUCUGGAGGAAAUAGACAGGUGGGCGGUCGACCCAGGGAGAGUACCGGAGCCCGCCUGGGAUUCGAUGGAGCAGUGCGCGGAAGGUUACAGGAGAAUGAGGUUGGCGAAGCAAGCACGGCGGCGCGGACAGAAGCCCGAGAGUCGGCCCCAAAAAUUUCUUGGGGGGGGGCAGAGGGGGAGUGUGGCAGAGUCAGGAGUCAGACCUGAGCCAACUCCCCCCGCUUAUCGUGAGGAGCCAAGGAGGAGCUCAGAACCAGAGCUGGUGUUGGAGGUGAGCGAAGCAGAGACUGUGAAGGAGUUAAUGGGGAGAUUGGAGGAGAGAGAUAUGAGGGAGUUGCUGUGUUGGUGCAUGAGACACGGAAUUUGCACCGACGGAGCGUGUCGAGGAUUUGAUGACACCUGGGUCAGCUCUCCAUACUCGUCCUGAGGUGCGUGCUAGUCGGCUGGUGAAGAUGGUGCCAGCCUCACGCACCAGGUCUCUUGUGCACCUCCCUAGCCUUGCAUGUCCUGUGCCAGCUCAGCGCUACAGUGCGCCUAGCAGUGCUAACCGUGGCGGGCGUGGUACUGGUCAGGCACCGUGCUAUGCGGUGGAAUGCACGGUGUCCCCAGUACGCGUGCUUAGCCCGGUACGCUACAUCUCAGCUCCUCACAUCUGCCGGGCUAGACUGAAGAUCCAGCCAGGGCGGUUGGUGCCAGCCCUGCUCUCAAGAUCUCCAGUACGCCUUCACAGUCCGGUCUAUCCGUCACCACCUCCACACACCAGCCCUCCGGUGCCAGCCCUGCUCUCAAGAUCUCCAGUACGCCUUCACGGUCCGGUCUAUCCGUCACCACCUCCACACACCAGCCCUCCGGUGGCAGCUCCCCGCACCAGGCUUCCUGUGCGUGUCCUCGGCCUAGUACCACCAGUGCCAGCACCACGCAUCAGGCCUACAGAGCCUUCCUCCUCUCCAGCGUUGCCGGAGUCUCCCGCCUGUCCGGCGCUGCUGCCGGAGUCUCCCGCCUGUCCGGCGCUGCUGCCGGAGUCUCCCGAGCCCCUCAGCCCAGAGGCGCCAGAGCCCCUCAGCCCAGAGGCGCCAGAGCUUCCGCCCCUCUGUCCCGAGCAGCUGCACCUCUGUCCCGAGCUGCCCCUCUGUCCAGUGGAGUCAUUGAGAGGGGUUGCCAUGGUUAGAGAGCCACGGAGGCGGACAAUGAGCUACUAA